UUGGCCCUCCGCGGCUUCCGUGCAGAGACUGGUCCGGAAGAAGGCCUCAGGUCUGGAGUCUGGGAAUCUGACUCCAGAACCUACCUAGUGAUGGAGUUCGACUGCGAAGGCGUGAGGCGGCUGCUUGGCAAGUACAAGUUUAGGGAUCUAACUGUAGAAGAACUGAAGAAUGUAAAUACAUUUUUCCCACAUUUCAGAUACUCCAUGGACACCUAUGUUUUUAAAGAUAGUUCUCAGAAAGACCUACUGAAUUUUACUGGCACUAUUCCUGUGAUGUAUCAAGGUAAUACAUAUAACAUACCAAUUCGUUUCUGGAUUUUGGAUUCUCACCCUUUUGCUCCCCCCAUUUGUUUCUUGAAGCCAACUGCAAAUAUGGGAAUCUCAGUUGGAAAACAUGUGGAUGCUCAAGGCAGAAUAUACUUGCCCUACCUUCAAAACUGGAACCAUUUCUUAGUGGUAAUCUUCACUGUCAAUUCUCUGGGUAAUUCUGAGUCCUACCUUGAUGUGGUGCAGAGCAAUGUGGAUAUGUUCAGAACCCUGGUCCCUACUCUUGGACAUUAUAGUCAGAAUGGUGUCCUGCUUGUUGCAUCUCAACCAGUGGAAAUCAUGACAUAUGUGACAUGGAAACUGAGUGCAUUUCCUGCAAAUCAAGUGAUUGGAACUGGAUGCAAUCUGGAUUCACAGAGAUUACAAUACAUUAUUACAAAUGUUUUAAAGGCACAGUCUUCAGGCAAGGAUAUAUGGGUCAUUGGAGAGCAGGGAGAAGACAAAGAGAUAGCUGACAAAAAUCUGUACCUUGACCCUGAAGCCAGAAAUAGGUUAGAGGCUCCCUCUGUUGGUUUUAUGUGCAGAUUCCAACUGGUAUAUUUUUGUAUAAACGGCAUCAUCACAGGCAUUGCAGACAGGUUGGUCCUCUUAGACCUUUCUGAAGGAACUAAAGGUGGGACAAUGGACCUUGACAUCUUCAACCUGCCCCACGUGGAGAUCAGCAAAGAUUUGUCUGCCUCUGCUCAUUCCAAGGUGGUAAUCUUCACUGUCAAUUCUCUGGGUAAUUCUGAGUCCUACCUUGAUGUGGUGCAGAGCAAUGUGGAUAUGUUCAGAACCCUGGUCCCUACUCUUGGACAUUAUAGUCAGAAUGGUGUCCUGCUUGUUGCAUCUCAACCAGUGGAAAUCAUGACAUAUGUGACAUGGAAACUGAGUGCAUUUCCUGCAAAUCAAGUGAUUGGAACUGGAUGCAAUCUGGAUUCACAGAGAUUACAAUACAUUAUUACAAAUGUUUUAAAGGCACAGUCUUCAGGCAAGGAUAUAUGGGUCAUUGGAGAGCAGGGAGAAGACAAAGGUAAGAAAUACAUUUCUGUUAGUUACACUAAUAAAAUUUUGUCUUUAAAACCUAGAGCAAUGGAACUAUUAAGGGUAAAAGGUCAAAGAUCCUGGUCUGUUGGACUGUCAGUGGCUGACCUGGUUGACAGCAUUGUGAACAAUAAAAAGAAAGUACACUCUGUGUCAGUUUUCGCAAAGGGAUAUUACGAUAUACAUAGUGAAGUGUUUUUAAGUCUGCCUUGCAUCCUUGGAGCCACUGGCGUAUCUGAAGUGAUCAGAAACACAGUGAAAGAAGACACAGUAGCUGAGAAACUGCAAAGCAGUGCAUCCACAAUCCAUGGUCUCCAACAACAGUUAAAACUUUGAUUCUCAAGUAUAGUUACCUAAGGAAGAAAGGUCAUUUAAUUUUGCCAGCACAGAUAAGUUUGAGAAAUUCUGUAUCUUUACUUAUCCUUGCUUGGUUAAAAUAGACGGUUUCUUGGUAGCUUUCUAAUUUGAGUCUUUAAAAAGUUCAAGUUAAAAAUCUAAUUUCC